AUGUCGAACUUUUACGCCCGAUAUGUGCCUCCGGCCAAAAAGCCUGACGCAGUCUCGAGCCCGUCGCCGGACUCGACGAAGCGCAAGCGAGAAAACGAUGCAGUGGCCCAGCAGAAGCAGGGCAAGAAACCAAAAUUAUCCAAGCCAGCAGACAAUGAGGCAGCCAAAGUGGCCAAGUCUGCGUCUCCCUCCCGCCUCACGUCUGUGGAUGAUACGUCCAUCGUCCCUGAGAAGAACGUGCUCGAUAAGUAUCGGGUCACGGAGGCUGCAAGAAGUGCGAACCCUGCGGCCGACAUAAAACCUUGCCGGCCGAAAGGUCGUAAGUCAGAAGAGUCAGCCCAGCAGAAGAUUGUGGAGGAAUCCAAGAGCGGGGAGAAGAAGAGUGAUACCCUGAAUGACGGGUUGGAUCAGACAGAUACAGUGGCAGAAGAUGUUGCAUACCACAAAAGACAUGCUGCGGUGCUGUCAAAGUUCGACAAAUCCAAGCAGCAGGAACCGGCGAGGCAUCAAGGCUCUGCACUCUCCUCAGAUCAACCGCCUGUUGAAUUCCAUGGCCUCGAGCCGCUGCCACAACCCGAGCAAGUGGAAGUUGUUCCCGGCAAACCGACAUAUUCUACCUUGCCUAGCUGGCAAGAAGCCCCUCUGAAUGUUUCUCCGGGUCUGACAGCGACUUUCGAGUCACUUGGGGUCUCUAGGGGACUAUUGGAAAAUCUACGCAAAAGUGGUCUAGAGAAAGCGUUCCCGAUACAGACAGCCGUGCUUCCCUUGCUUCUGGAGGGUCUUAACAAACAUGAUGGGGACAUAUGCGUUUCAGCAGCCACUGGCUCGGGGAAAACACUUGCCUACGUCUUACCAACGAUCGAAGGGCUGAAGGACUUGGUUGGCACAAAACUGAGAGCUGUGAUUGUUGUCCCGACGAGAGAACUGGUAAAACAGGUCCGCGAGUUAUGCGAGAUCUGUGCUUCCGGUACUUCGCUCAAGAUUGCUACUGCCGUUGGCAGCAAGUCAAUCAAGGAGGAACAAGAAAUGCUGGUUGCAGAGGAGAAGGUCUAUAACCCGGAGCAAUACCGGAAGGAGCAGGAGAAGAGCAUCGACUGGUCCUCCAUAUCACUGGACAAGCUGGUGCGCAAACCCACCUCCGAGGACUUGAUGGAAUCCGUCGGUUAUGUGACUCGUUACAGAUCGAAGGUGGACCUCCUGAUCACCACCCCCGGAAGACUGGUGGACCAUCUCAACUCUACGUUGGGGUUCACCCUGGACGAUGUAACGUGGUUGGUCGUGGACGAAGCCGACAAGCUACUCAACGAAAGCUACCAGGAGUGGAUUGAGGUUGUUGUCCCCGCCCUGCAGUCGCGGACAGCUACCAGGGACAGGGACGACCUACUCAGGUUUAUGAGGAUGACACCGCCGAGACGAAAGGUGAACAAGAUUCUACUUUCCGCGACCAUGACGCGCGAUGUGUCCAAGCUCAACGCGCUUGGAUUGUAUAACCCCCGACUUGUUGUGCUGGCUGGCGCUUCUACAGUUGAUGAAAGUGUGCCUGGCCAGACUGGAGCUGGUGAUGUGGCUACUAAUGGUGGUUCCCACGAUCUUCGUGAUGCCUUCCAAGUGCCGGAGCAACUGGACGAGGCAGCAAUUCCUGUUCCCGACGGGUCAGAAAAACCUCUGUAUUUGUUGCAGCUGCUCGAUAAUAUCGGAAUCAUUCCUUCUUCAACGAGGACUGGGCAGAGUGCGCCAACUAUUACCUCAGUCUCAGACACAAGUUCCGAUACGGACACCUCCUCAGACUCCUCGUCAGGAUCAGAUAGUCUGGCAUCAGAGGACGAAGACAGUUCAAGUUCAGACAGUGAAUCCACCUCCGACGAAAAAGACGAAAACCCCGAACCCACUAGUCAUUCAAACGGAGCUGGAAACUCUCCACGAGCACUCAUCUUCACCCGUUCGACGGCCUCUGCUACCAGACUCUCCAGGCUGCUGACCCUUCUUUGUCCGGCACUCGCUUCCCGAAUUUCAACGUUGACCCGCAGCACUGCUUCAUCAGCCUCAUCCCGCCGGGCAUUGUCGUCAUUCCGCAGCUCAAAGAUCUCGAUCCUCAUUGCCACGGACCGAGCCUCUCGUGGGCUGGACGUACCUGGUCUGGAGCAUGUUGUCUCAUACGACGUCCCUAGCAGUGCUUUGACGUAUGUCCACCGUGUCGGCCGGACUGCUCGAGCCGGGAAUUCAGGUCACUCGUGGACAUUUAUCGAGCAUAGAGAGGCGGCCUGGUUCUGGCGGGAAAUUGGAGGCAAAGGCAAAAAGGACAGUUUCGAUAUCGGAGCCGACGAUGUCUGGAUUCAACGAAGCAAGGCGAUUAGACGACUGAACCUGACCAUUGAGCAAGACGACAUCAAGGCUAGAUAUGAUGCGGCCCUCCAGCAACUGGGAGAGGAGGCUAGGAAUAGUUAG